UGCGUUAAGAAAGUAUUAUCGUACUACAUACGUAAUAACAGGUUACAAUAGUGUAGCAAUAUAUCUUUUCAGAAGAAAUUAAGUAACAAUAUGAGAUUUUAUAUUUUUAUUUCUUGUGUCGUUGUCAGUGUACUAUCCGAAAAUGGUAAAUGGAUAUGGGAGAAUAACAACAAUGGACAAAGUAGAACUACCAAUAUUGGAAAUGCAAGAUAUCAAAUACACGAGAAUACCGACGAUUUGGAGAACUUCAAUACGGGUGGCCCAUUCGUGGGAUUCAGGCCAGAGAACAUAGGAUCCAGACCACAGCAGCAUUCAGGCUCUUAUGGUCAUGGAAAUAGGCCGUUCGUGACGACUUAUCCGAAUAACAACGGAGUCUUGAUAGGACCUGGUGGACCGACAGGAAUUAUUGGAAGGCCACAUCCACCGAGCGGAUCGAUCAUCGAUUACGACGAUAAUUUAGAUUCUGGACAUGUACCCUUCCAAUAUCUAAAAGGGACGCGUUAUCGCGAAUACGAUACCUGCAAAUGUAGAUACAGUUUUAACUGUCCAUCGGCUGGAUUAAAAUUCGGUGCUUGUGCAAAUGGCAAACGAUAUUGUUGUUUCAACAGUAAAAAAUAUCCAACGUUAGUAUCAGGUGAUCCACGUGACAGACAUUGAUAGUUUAACAUAACCACGUACAUACGUAACGCAUUAAUCUCGAAUUAUUCAUGACGAAAAAAUAAAUGCAACCUUUUACCAUCGCGGAUUAGUUGACAUUUAGUUGAUGAUAAAUGUGAAAAAGAUUCAUUGUAUUUCUUAAUCAUUAAUAUCUAUUUAUAAAGACAGAAGAAAUAUAUAUAUAUAUAUAUUUUUUUUUUCUUUUUUGUCUUUGUAUGUAAACAUUCAUGAAUGAAAAAUACAAUGUAAAUUAAUAUAGGUCCUACAUAGUUGGUGUUCACCGAAAGAAUGUCAAUGAGAAUUCUUUGAAUGUCAAUGAGAAUGUGAAUAAAUUCUAAUCGCAUCGAAUUUCUCUUAACUACAUAUAUACUACUAAGUUGCCAAAUCGUCUUUCAACAUGACCUUCGACAACGUUCGAUGCUUAGAAUAAAUGAAUUGCUUGAUAGAUUUAAUAACGUAAUCGUAAGUCAAACUUUCAAUUAAUUCGAUUAGUAGAUUAGAACGUUAUGCACACAGAAUAACAGUAUAAGCAUGUAUGUAUGUAUAUAUGUAUAUAAGUAUGUAUGUAUGUAUGUAUGUAUGUAUGUAUAUACGAGUUUAGACCUUUUCAAUUACAAGAAGAAACUUCAAAGACUCCAUCGUUGAUAUUAAUUCGAUCAGAGGAUUGAUGAAAUGCUACGUAUGUAUAUAACAUGUAAAUAUAUAUGUAUGGAUGUAUGUAUGUAUAUAUGUGUUAGAUGAUUUCUUUCAACUCACCAAUCGUCGUGAUUACGAUAAUCGAAUAGAAUAGGGCACCGGCAAAGGUCCAUUGAAUAUUAUUUUCCUCUUCGCUUC